AUGAGCUCUGCUCUCCGCAAGGAGCUGUUGGACGCGCUCCGUGCGCGUUUCGCGCCGCUGAUACGCGAUGCCGACCUGUCGAACUGCAACGCCGCGUUCUGCGGCGGCACUCGCGUGUACCGCACGGUCCAGCUGUACCGGUUCUUCGACCUGUCUAGAGUGGACGUCUCCAGCGAGGGCGGCGUGAAGAGGCAGCUGGACAGCGACUUCGUGGAGAGCAUCAAGCUGCUGGAGGUCACGCCGCCGGAUGACCUGCGCCUGUUCGAGAUUUACCCGCUGCUCCGGCGCAUCAUGAUACUCAUAGAAGGCUUCCUCGGCCAUGUCAGCGCCAGCCAGCGGUUCGAGGGCAGCCUGGCGCAUGGCCGCGGGCUGUCGCUACCGGACCCGUCGCUGUACCUGGUUCUGGACGAGCUGUACGACAAGGUGUCCGGCAACAGCAUAAAUCGCGAUCGGCUGCUGACCGGCCUCGCAACGCUGGUAGCAGCUGGUGGCGGCGGUUUGGACAGCGUGCUGCUGAGCGCGAGCACGUUCGCGAACCUUAUGGUACCCGUGAUCGCCAAUUCGUUCGACAAAUACGGCGGCGACAUCCUGGAAAGCGCUUUGGCGACGCUCACCUUCGGCGCCCUGCAGCGACUGUCUGCGCUGUUUCUUCUGAUGGUGGUGGUGGACCAGAGCGCCGGCAGCGCCUCCGCUCGGAGCAGGGGCCGCGGAGAGCCGCUGUUGUCCCUGUCUGGUGACGAGGCGUCGAACGACAACAUGUUCCGUCUGCAGUUUUUGUGCAACGAGACGUUGCUCAAGCCGUUGGUGACCAAGGUGACCGACCACCACCUGGCUGUCUGCUGGAACGAGGACAUAGUGUCGCCCGUCUUGAGCAUGCUUCAGUAUACGUUCGUCGCCUGCGGCAAGGUCGUCGCUAGGAGCGAGCCGCUGGCCGACCUCGUCAUCGCUACCACCAAGGGGGUCCUGAUGAAGGUGCCCGAAGACUGCUCUCCGUCUCGGGCCACUUUGGACCUGAUAUUGGGGUUCGGCCAUCAGCUGCUGGGCAUGUUUUACCAGGGCCUGGAGCUCGUGAACGUCGCGCUGUGGUACCACUUCGAGUCGCGGCUGUCGCAUGUGUUGAAGCUGCAGCAGCAGCAGGCCCCUAUGAACAAGAACGGUUCGCCGACUGUCACGCCUGCUGACCUGCAUGCUCAAAUGGCUGCGGGCGCUAUUAACGGCUCAAUGCGUCUUCCGUCGUCAGCUGAUAACUCGCCCUACCGGCCACUCGGCCGCAGCCUCAACACGCUGCUGAGUGAGGGCGAGCUGAAGAGCACGCUGCUCGCAUUCCUGGCGUCGCUCGACUACUACUCGCGCCACCAAGACGACCUCUUCGACGUGCUGUUCGGCAAUUACACCCGGAAGGCUGACGUCGAGCUGCUGGAUUGCCUGUCCCGCCUGUUCGUGCAUUACACUUGCCUCGUGCAGCUCGGCGACGCCGUGGCGUACAUCACCCAGCGGUCACCCAACGCUGAGGUCGGAGAUCUCGUGAAGCAGGCCAUAUCGAUGUUGUGGUCCACGCUGUGCUCCCUGGGGAGCAGGGUCUCCUUCAACGCGCUGCGUGCCUGCUUCUACUACCUGGGCAGCAGCCUCCACUCCUGCAACGUGGCGGCCCAAAUUUGCUGCUUCAACGCCAUAUCGCACAGCCAGGCGGAUAUCCGCCAGUGGCUGAACCUGCCGAGGGACACGUACGUGUUUCAGGUGGAGAUGUUGAGGGCGCUUUUGCGCAACGCCUCCAGCGCGUGCUGCACGUGUAUAUCGUACGGCGCCAGCAAGACUCGGCGUUUCGGCGGCCAGUACCUGAGCAUACCAUCCUCUUUCGUGAGCCGGUGGUUCAUCGCUGAGAUCGUGAACUACGACGUAUCAGAAAACCGAGGCUUGGUUGACGCUUUCGUCGAGUGGUGCAACAGCGCGCGGCCUGAGGAAUACAUGCUAUGCCGGUUCCUCUGCCGUGUACUAGCGAGGCUGUGCGCGGAGGACAAUGCAGUUAUCGAUGGCGGCCGCUAUAUUUUGGACGUGCUAUUGGGAAUAUGCAUGCACAGAGACAGCGCGUCAGUAGGUCUGAAGAGUGUGAUGCAGCCGUUGUCUCGUGGCCGCCUUAACGCCUUCAAGUGCCUCGGCGUGCUGCUCAGCACCGGCGUGUUCACAGACUGGGUUUUGCGGCACGUGCUACUGCCCUGUACCUGCGCAUUCACGCAACAGGUGGGGGAGUACGUGUCGCAGUUUCUGGGUUCGUCCGAUCCGGCGGACCGAGUGUCAUCUGGCUGCUACUUUGCGAGUCAGGGUUCCGUUUGCAAGUGUCUGGAUGCGCCAAUAGUGUCGCAUUCCGUGGGUCUGCUGCAGUACCUGGAGUUGGUUUCGUCAUUGCCGUUGGACAAGCGCGAUCCCAACGGCAAGGACGAGGCUUCACGGAUCGUGCCCCACGUGUUCGGUGUGCUGUGCGGCCUGCUGCGCAAGCUGGCCGCGUUGCUAAACACGCACCAGGAUCGCGCCGAUGUGAACUCGCGUUAUGCGUUGUUCGUCCUCUCCGCACGUCUGACCGGCGUGCUGGUGCGCAGCGGGCAGUUCGGCCGAAAGGACGCGGAGGUGAUUGCGCUGCUGAAGCUAUACGCGUUGCUCGGCAACCCUCGCAUAUGCGUGGUGGAGGAGGUGGAUCUCUACCUCUCCCUCAUUCUGGAGGCGCUGUGCACCUUCCAUGCCAUCUUCGACCACGUCCCCGUCAAGGAGCAGCUGCUCAAGUUGCACCGUGGCUUCCUGGCGCUGCUGUUGUCUAAGAUAGAGGUCCAUCCCAAAUUCCUCUUACGCCACGAGCUAUACAGCGGAGUGCCGCGGCCGAUGUUCGACCAGCUCUGCGGCUCCUUCGCCAACAUGUUGCGCAUGGCGUCCUCGAUGGGCCACUACCUGGGCGCGCUGUACAGUUUCCGGAUCUGGAGCGUGCUCAGGCGUUACGGCGUCGAUUGCGCAGAUGUGAAGAAGGAGUACGCCGAGCAAGCGCUGAACGACCAGGACGUCCCUGCGGAGGCGCGCAUCACCUUCAACACUGCGUUCAUGGUUUCGUGCCGGACGCCCGCCAUCACCAGCGCCGCGGUCCCGUGCAGCGUUCGCGCCUUGGUUGAGCAGGGGAGCGCCAUCGGGUUGUACAGUAAAUCGUAG